CAUGCCCAAGAAAGGAGGGAAGCAUGUUGACAUGGGAAAAGAUGGGCCUGCACAGUGUAAACGAGCAAAGGUGGAUGCAGCUUGUUUUCCAUCAGUCAUGAGUUUUGAGAACCCAGACAGCCUCUUCGGAAGCUUGAUCUCUCCCAUCAAACAAGAGGUGUUUUUCAGGGAGUAUUGGGAGCAAAAGCCAUUGCUUAUUCAGAGAAAUGAUCCCCUGCUGGCUGCCUACUACCAGUCCCUGUUCCAGUUGUCAGAUCUGAAGGAACUGUGCAGCCGGGGUCUGUACUAUGGGCGAGAUCUGAAUAUCUGCAGAUGUGUGAAUGGAAAAAAGAAAGUUUUAAAUAAAGAAGGCAAAGUGAAUUACAUGCAGCUGAAGAAGGAUUUUGACCAGAAAAAGGCAACGAUACAGUUUCAUCAGCCUCAGAGAUUUAAGGAGGAGCUGUGGAAGAUUCAGGAGAAGCUGGAGUGCUACUUCGGGUCUCUGGUUGGAUCAAAUGUUUACAUGACUCCCCAGGGGUCACAGGGCCUCCCCCCCCACUACGAUGAUGUUGAGGUGUUUAUCCUGCAGCUGGAAGGCGAGAAACACUGGCGACUCUAUAAACCAACGGUGCAUUUAGCUCGGGAAUAUAAUGUUGAAUCAGAAGACAGGAUUGGGAAUCCCACACAUGAAUUUGUAUUAAAGCCAGGUGACUUGCUGUACUUCCCAAGAGGGACUAUUCACCAAGCUGACACUCCUCCUGGGAUCUCCUAUUCCACACACGUGACUAUCAGUACCUACCAAAACAACUCUUGGGGAGAUUUCUUACUGGAUGCAAUUCCUGGCCUUGUGUUUGAUACAGCAAAAGAAGAUGUGGCUCUGCGGACAAGCAUACCAAGGAAGCUGCUUAUGGUAACUGACUCAACAAAAAAGCUGAGCAGCCUCUUGAGACGGCUUGCGGACCGUCUGGAAGGCACCAGAGAACUGAGGUCAUCUGACAUGAAGAAGGAUUUCAUUCUGAACCGGCUGCCACCUUGCUUGGGAUGCGACUCUGAUACUUUGACUCCAGGUGGGAAAUUUCCAAAAAUUGAUAGCAAAAUCCGACUACAGUUCCGAGAUCAUGCAAUCAUUACAGUGGAACCAGACCAAGAGAACUCUGAUGAAAUUCGCAGAGAGAUGGUUUACGUGUAUCAUUCUUUAAAGAACAGAAGAGAAACUCACAUGAUGGGGACUGAAGAUGAUGCACAGACUCAUGGACUGCGGUUUCCUUUGUCAUACUUGGAUGCACUGAAGCAGAUUUGGCGUAGCAGCACUGUUAAUGUUAAAGAGCUUAACCUUACCUCAGAUGAAGAGAAAGAAAACCUUGCCUUGUCGCUAUGGACUGAAUGUCUAAUUGAAGUUAUUUAA